CUUACAGGUAAAAAGCGUGUGUAUCCUAGUAUUUCGUUAUGUGUAAAAUGCAUUUAAGGUUAUGUAUUGUAAUUAUAGCUCUACAAGCUCUUCAUUUCACAGGGAAUAUGGCUGUAACAAUCAAACUGCCGAGUUUUGAGUCAAUCAAAUUACCCAGUAUUCCGCCAAUCAAGUUGCCAAGUUUCCCGACAGUUAAUCGUCCAAUUCUUCCACUAUUUAGAAAACCUUUCAAACCAAGUUUCAAAACAUCGGAUAAACGAAUAGACAAGAUUACGACAAAGGUCACUGGCAUAUCACCGAAGAAAUCACUGUCUAACACUGAAGAAGUCACUGGCAUAUUACCGACAAAACCACUGUCUAACGCUGAAGAAGUCGCCGGUAUAUUACCGACGAAAUCCCUAUCUAACACUGAAGAAGUCGCCGGUAUAUUACCGACAAAACCACUGUCUAACGCUGAAGAAGUCACUGGUAUAUUACCGACGAAAUCCCUAUCUAACACUGAAGAAGUCACUGGUAUAUUACCGACAAAACCACUGUCUAACGCUGAAGAAGUCACUGGUGUAUUACCGACAAAACCACUGUCUAACGCUGAAGAAGUCACUGGUGUAUUACCAACGAAAUCACUUUCUAACUCUGAAGUGGGUUUUUUGUCAUCUACAUUAACAAGUAAUUCCAAAUAUUUACCCAUGGUGGAUAAUUCCAUGUCAGUGAUACCAACGUAGACAAUCCUACUCUGAUACAGAUAAUGGAAUACCCAGAACAUCUAGGUAUUGUGGAUAAAUUGUAACGAAAGAGAUUCACCACUGUCACAUAGCAUUUUGAUAAAAAUCUUUUGACAAUGUUGACCAUCAUCAGUCGAACUGAAGAAACUUAUAUUACCUUAAACCAAGUUUAUUAGCACUAGAUUUUUUCAGAUGUUUAUUGUUGUGUCGUUGAAUUUUCCGGAAAUUUUAAUAUAUCUAUUGGAAUUUAUUUUUCAUUAAACAUACAAGAAAUUUUGUUAAACGUGUUAAUCAAAAUUGCCUCUCAUCGGAGAUCUUCGUUUGGGUGAAACACUAUUAUGAAAGACUUGUAUACCUGAUGAAAACUUCUCUAAUAGACAAACCUCUAUUUUUAUGAGAAAAAAAUAGAGAAAUA